GGACGGACUAAACCUGCGACUGUGAUUGCGUUGAAUAUUAGCUAUUAUCAGUGUAUCAUAGCCUAUAGGCUAGAAUUCCACCUCGUUCGAUUUGCGCGGAUGUGACUAGCGUUUUGGAUUUGAAAACGUCAACAACCUUGUCUGUAAGGGGGUUGGAAAUAGUUGUCAGAAAAAGUGACGUUCUUUUAGAUAAGGCGCGUCGACCGACAUUUUCUGUCAGGAUCAACAGUUUCACAUCUGGAUUUCACAUCAUGAAACGCUUGCUUUGUUUAUCGAUGGGUACACUUUUGCAAGGACAUUUGAACGUUCCGUUUUGAACAGACAUUUGACAUUGUUUUUCUGAGGAAGAGAAAGGUGACAGGGGCUUUCGCUGCCGGGAGUGGAAAUUGACAUGAUGUUUUGAGUGACGCAGGACCUCAGGUAUUCUGUUGUCACCAGGGGAUGUGAUCAUGACUCCGAGGCCCUAAUUCUCAGAAGUAUGUCAGGUAGGACAAUUUUUUAUUACAUAAGAACAGGGGUAGCAGUCUGACCCAGUGUUACAAUUUAACCCCUUUGCACAGAUGCCAAAUCUGGUCAGUCCUCACCCAUUUAUGCAGUGUUUUACUGAAGGCUUUAUCACAUGGAAAAUGAAGACACUUUACAAUUAACAAUACUAACUUACAGUACUUUAGUACAGUACUUCUAGCUUCACAAUUUAACCGGUGCAUCAAACAUGACACACGACUGAGCCACCCAUGAACACUUACACUACAGUAUGUGGAACGCCUGCAUUAAAGAAUACUGCGAACCUCUUGAAAGACACUCAGUUACAUUGUGAGUGGUAUAAAUUCAAACAAAGCAAGCCACAAUGAGCCACUAUGCUAACACUGCCCAAGGUACGUUAACAAUUAGCUUGUAUAGCUGUAUACACUUGUAUAGUACUGCGUAAUGUUAUGGCUGACUGCGCAACAUUGUGCUGAAGCAACAAUUCAUGCUGUUGUGCGGGUCUCUCAAUCAUCGUUAUAAAUUUCAGUUGAGACAUGCCAUACACCAUUGGAUGCCUAGAAGACCAUUGUGAGUCAAUUGAUUUAACAAAUGUGAGGCUUUCUUUUCAUAUUGCCUUCUAAGGUAAUACAAUAUUUAUUCAAGUUUUGUCUAAUCUUAAUAAGGAACCAUUUAAAUUUUUAUAGCAACUUGUCAUGUAUGAUCAGUAAAAAAUAUUACAUGCUAUUUAAAUCUCAAAUAUGUGCGUCUAUAUUCUGAAAUCAAGGCUUUAACAUAUAGCAACAUAGUGAAUAAAUUAAAAUAAAUUGAUUGUCAGCAAUCACAGUUAGUUUUGACAGCGUGUAUUGCAUGAUAAUUCAUUGUGCUUUGCUGUUAUUUGUCAGGAACAACAGUUUUCAUGGCAGGAUAACCUGGAACCUGACAGUGAACUGACAUUCCCUAACUGCUAUGCUGGCCCACUAACUGUAAACCUGAUAGUCUGCAGGACCCAUUGCCACCCGUGGUAUAUCCUAUGUGUAUGAAUUGCAGAGCUGGAUGAUGGGGGUUGUUUUGUUUUACCUUAAUUUAAGAAGGGGGGUUUAUAGUUUUUUGUUUUUCUUUUUAAUUUCAGAGCAAGCAGGACAAUGUAGCCCCAGAUGGAAAGAACAUGAGCUCAUGCAAGGGUACGUACCAAGUUAUUUGGAUAAGGAUGAGUUGUGUGUAGUGUGCAGUGACAAAGCCACCGGCUAUCACUACCGUUGUAUUACCUGUGAAGGGUGCAAGGGAUUUUUCCGACGGACAAUCCAGAAGAAUUUACAUCCGACGUACGCUUGUAAGUACGAAGGGAAGUGUGCCAUCGACAAGGUGACCAGGAACCAAUGCCAAGAAUGCCGCUUCAAAAAAUGCAUUGCAGUUGGCAUGGCAACAGACCUUGUGCUGGACGACAGCAAGCGUCUGGCCAAGAGGCGGCUGAUUGAGGAGAACAGGCAGCGGCGGCAGCGGCGGGAGGAGCUCCAGCGGACGGCGUGGAGGAAGCCGGAGCCCACGCCCGACGAGUGGGAGCUGAUCCGGGCAGUGACCGAGGCCCACGUGGCCACUAACGCUCAGGGCAACCACUGGAAGCAGAAACGCAAGUUCCUGAGAGCAGUGGAGGUGAAGGAGUCCAAGGCAGAGGACAUCGGUCAAGCUCCAUUCGUCAACGCGCCAGAUGGAAACAAAGUGGACUUAGAAGCCUUCAGUCAGUUUACAAAAAUUAUCACCCCAGCCAUCACCAGGGUGGUGGACUUUGCCAAAAAGCUGCCCAUGUUCUGUGAGUUACCAUGCGAGGACCAGAUUAUUCUUCUGAAAGGCUGCUGUAUGGAGAUCAUGUCGCUGCGGGCGGCGGUGCGCUACGACCCAGAGAGCGAGACGCUCACACUGAACGGGGAAAUGGCUGUGACUCGGGGUCAGCUGAAGAACGGGGGGCUGGGCGUCGUGUCAGACGCCAUCUUUGAUCUGGGCGUGUCCCUGUCCUGCUUCAACCUGGAUGAUUCUGAGGUGGCUCUACUGCAGGCUGUCAUCCUCAUGUCCUCAGACCGUCCGGGCCUGACGAGCGUGGAACGGAUCGAACAGUGCCAGGAGGACUUCCUCCUGGCCUUCGAGCACUACAUCAACUAUCGCAAACACAAGGUGCCAUACUUCUGGCCCAAGCUGCUGAUGAAGGUGACGGACCUGCGCAUGAUUGGGGCGUGCCACGCCAGCCGCUUCCUGCACAUGAAGGUGGAGUGUCCCACCGAACUCUUCCCACCGCUCUUCCUGGAAGUGUUUGAAGACUAAAGGGGGGCACGGACACACCAAACUCUUUCAGCACUACUGAGUCAUUUCAUUCCAUUGAUUAGGUGUGGCUUCUUCCUAGUUUUGGAUGGAACUAUUCCUAAGAUGCGGGUACAUGUGAAUAGUUUUUUUUGUUUUUAUUCCCCCUUGUCUUUUUGUACAUCUGUAUACAUACAGUGUUUUUCAUGGUAACGAUGUGAUUGGUCGAUUUUUUUUUUUUUUUUUUUUUUUUUGCGCCAGCGCUUACCUAGCAAUGAUAACUAGUUGACUUUGAAUUUAAGAAGUGCAUGCACUUUUUAUGUGAUAGUAUCUUCUUGGGUGAUUUGUCAGUUUUUACCAUACUUUUACAGUACUUCAUGUGAGCUGUGAGUGAGACUGUGUUUUAUGAAAAAAGUGCUUUCGGUGGGAUAAAGUGGCUCAUUCCAAAUGAUGUCGCCGUGUUUUGCGACCAACACGCCUGUACACAAAUCAGCGCCCUCGUGGAGUGACAGCACAUUUACCAGUACCCGCCACAACUGUGAUGCUGUAGUUUGUGCCAUCCGUGACAGCCAUGAACAGACUUUGUGCUUUUGAUUUUAUUAUUUCAUCAAAUGGACUCUCUACCAUUAAGUGCACAUAUUAGUAAGAAAAAAAUCUGUCUUGUUUUGUUAAAAAAAAGGCACCUGUUUGGUGCCAAAAACCGUCUGCUAAAACUCUGCAUCAACCUGGUUACCACACACAUCAGAAACCUCACAACAGCCUUUGUGCAAUGUCGUUGCUGUGUGCUUUAUCCUUCAUUUUGAGAAGCACACUUAAGGGAAUGCUACCAUUUUCUCACCGGUGUUCAGAAAUAAACAAAUACACGAGUCAGAAACAAAAAAGGUGCCGAUCUUAAUGUGCUUUGCUAUGUGAAUCAGGGGGAUUCGUCAUCUCAUUUGGGAGCUGUUGUUUGUCCCUCUGUGUUCUGUGUAUACAAAAGACUGCAGAUUACUCACUUGCCAGACAAUCUUGAUGCAGUAGUUCUGUGUUAAUGUUUCACAUCUCUGAUUUUCUUGUGUCAUUUUCUAAAUGUGUAAGUUAUUACAAAUCAACUGAAGCAAUGCUUUUGCUAGGACUUGUUGGUGCUAAGAAUUGGCCAGUUCCAUGCUUCUGAUUCCUGGUUUCCCCGAUGCAAAAGGUCAUGUCUACAAUAGAAUUAUGAUCAGGAGAAGCAGGAAAUUAGACUGAGAGAGAGAGAAAGAGAGAGAGAGAGAGAGAGAGAGAGAGAGAGCAAGCAAGAGAGAGAGCGAUAGAGAGAGAGAGAGAAAUAGAGAGAGCACAUGAGACAUCAGCAGCUACAGUGUUAGGAAUCGGCCAAUAUUACAACUGUGUUAGCUUGUCUGAUAUUUUUAGGUUUAGCUGUCCGUUUUUUUUGGGAAAUUUGAGGAGUAAGACAGGAACGGUAGAUUUUUGUUGUAGUGCUUUGCUUUAUAUUGAAAAAAAAAAAAAAUGUUUUGUGUGAAACAGUUAUAUAAAAGCUUUCCUUAUCCUCAAAGCGGCUCUGUUAUAUGCAAGUUGAUGCCUUUUUAUAAGCAAUAGCUUUGCAGCAACGUUUGAAUGAUUGUGACUUCUCACGCUACAGCACAGAUUUAAUGUUAAUGCACAGACAAUCAAGCAAGUGGACUAGAGAGGGGUACCAGGGGGCUCACUUGCCUGAGGGAAAGGUGAACACAACAUGGAGUGGUGGGUCUUUGUACUCCUCACAUGUGGGGCAACUUGUUGAUCAAGGAAUGUUAUAUACUCUACAUGUUCUACUUUUUUACAAAAUUAUGGAUAUGAACUAGCAAAGCAGUGGAUAUGUUACGUACCAUAAAAAGCUAUUUUACAGUAUAAAGGAUAAAGGUUUGUAUAUUUUCAGAAUGCAGAGGUGCUCUGCCGAUAUUUUACUCAUAUACUGAACGUUUUAUCAUUUUGCGAACCUGAGAGGUCUUUUCUUGAAUUUAUAGCAAGAACGGUAUACUGUUGAGAGUUGUUCAUAUAAGAUUCACGAGUGACUGUUUCCUAUGAUACUUUCAAAUCAUUCCAAAAAAGGGAGUUUGAAGCAGCUGAUUUCCUGAGAGAUCAUCCUAGUCAAGCAAAAGCGUUUUAACUUUUUUAGCCAUUUUUUUAAAUGCAGUACUAUAAUUAGGAAGUAAACAGCAAUGGCCAUUAUAUCACUGUGGUUAGGAAGAAACUAAAUGAACCUCGCUGGUAAAACUUUACAUUCUUUUAAAACAAUGGAUCUGAGCACAUGGCUCAGUACAGUUUUAAAAAUUAAUUUAAAUUUUUGUCAGUUCAUUACCUGUUUACUACUUGCUCAGUUUACCAUUUACUUUCAGAAACAUCAUAUUUCUAAUUAACCGGCAACAGUGUAUGCACUUUUUUAUGAUAGCAGUAUGGAGGCAUAUUCAGGGAACUAAGCUUGUAAUCAGAAGGUUUUGAAUCCCAUGUUGGACACUGUUGAAAGGUACUUAACCUGAGCUAUGUCCAUAAAUAUCCAACAAUGUAAAUGGAUAACAACAACAGUAAUGAUAAUAAUGGUAAGAAUAAUUAAAGGCCCUAAAAUAAACUCAUCAGUGACCUUUCUGAAAAGGCAUCUGUAUUCAAAACUUGUAUUUACAAGUAGUAAGCUCAAAACCAAAAGCGUCAAAUUAUAAAAUAGUACAUCCUCCCCUUGCUAUUGAUAGUAAUCUCAAUAUCUUAUUUUGUUCUAUUUUGUUUCAUCCUAGUGAGCAAUUAUGUGCACAUUGAUAAAAUACAGACCAUAUCAAAACUAUGAGUAUGUUCUGAGUGAGAGGAUUUGACUGAGUUUGCGAAUAUUUCACUGAGUAAAUGGUAGUUUUGUACUAAACUGGAUGUUUUGCACAUGGCUGCACUAUCAGAGUAAGGUUUGAAAUUGCUUUGAUCUGGAUGUCCUGGUUGACAUGACUGUUUCUAAUGUUGCACUAAAGGAAGAUAAUGACAACAGGGAUGAUGAUAGUGAUGAUGAUGUUUCUUAUGAUGUCUGUGUUGUGUGAAUUGGCUCUGAAAAUAAAUAUGGAUUGGAAAACUCCCUGGAA